AUUUUAGUCUCGCGAUAUCUUAACCGAACGUGACUCAAAAUGGCGACGGAACAUAAGCGCUAAUUCACGAAAGGAGGUCCCAGCUGCAAUCCGUGAAUUAGCUCGUCGUUAAUAUUGAAAGAUGGAUAUUCAUAGAGAAGAAUUUGCUUUGCGAAACAAUUACUGUUGUAAAUUUCAACAUUGACUGUUUUUAUUCGUGUAAGUUCUUGCUUAAACUCAGACGGAGAGGACAACUUCACACAGCCAUGGCAGAGGAACGUCGGCAGAAGCAGUGUUCAGUGUCCCUGCCCACAGAGUCCAUGAAGGCCAUGGCCGAGUCUGUGGGAGUGGGGCAGUUGCAGGAGGAAAGCUGUGCUGCACUAAGUGAAGAAGUCAGCUACAGAAUAAAAGAAAUUGCACAGGAUGCUCUUAAAUUCAUGCAUCACGGGAAGAGACGUAAAUUAACCACCAACGACAUAGAUAAUGCUCUCAGACUAAAAAACGUGGAGCCCCUUUACGGAUUCCAGUCGCAAGAAUUUAUCCCUUUCCGCUUUGCAAGUGGUGGUGGAAGAGAGCUUCAUUUCUAUGAGGAAAAGGAGGUCGACCUCAGUGACAUUAUUAACACACCGCUCCCCAGAGUACCACUAGAUGUGUCCCUCAAAGCCCACUGGUUAAGCAUUGAUGGGGUGCAGCCUUCUAUUCCAGAAAAUCCACCGCCAGCACCAAAAGAGCAGCAAAAGGUUGAAUCUACAGAGCCCCUCAAAAUCGUCAAACCUGGUCAGGAGGAAGACGGUAAAAUUCAAGGCAAGACUCAAGGGGCAACAGCGGCUGAUGGCAAAGGAAAGGAGAAGGGUCUAAUAAGGUUGAAGCCGCGUAGCACUCACGAGCUGUCUGUGGAACAGCAGCUCUACUACAAGGAGAUCACAGAAGCGUGCGUGGGCUCCUGCGAGGCCAAAAGAGCUGAAGCUCUACAAAGUAUUGCCACCGAUCCUGGACUUUAUCAGAUGCUUCCAAGAUUCAGCACAUUCAUUUCUGAAGGAGUUCGGGUGAAUGUGGUGCAGAACAACUUGGCUCUGCUGAUUUAUUUAAUGCGCAUGGUCAAAGCUCUUAUGGACAACCCCACCCUGUAUUUGGAGAAAUACCUGCAUGAGCUCAUCCCAGCUGUUGUGACGUGCAUCGUGAGUAAGCAGCUGUGUUUGCGACCAGAUGUUGACAACCACUGGGCUCUACGAGACUUUGCGGCUCGCCUCAUGGCCCAGAGCUGUAAAACCUUCAGUACUACGACCAACAACAUCCAGUCCCGUAUUACCAAGACUUUUACCAAGAGUUGGUUGGAUGAGAAAACGCAGUGGACGACACGUUAUGGCUGCAUCGCUGGACUUUCUGAACUAGGACCUGAUGUGAUAAAGACGUUGAUCCUUCCGAGGCUCACUAUAGAGGGGGCUCGCAUCAAAGGAGUGGUGGAAGGACCAGUGGUCUCCAACAUUGAUAAGAUAGGCGCUGACCAUGUUCAAAGCCUCUUGCUGAAACACUGUGCAAGUGUUAUUGCCAAGAUCCGACCUCAGCCUGACAUCGCUGAACAGUAUCGGACUGACUACGGUUACCUUGGGCCCAUGCUCUGCUCCCAUGUAAUGAAGGCCAGGACGCAGGCAGCACUGCAAGCCCAGCAGGUUAACAGGACAACAUUAACGAUCACACAGCCUCGUCCCACCCUCACUAUGUCACAAAGCGGCUUUAGUGGGUCGGCAGGGCCGCGCACUCCCAGCAUCAUUAAGGUUCCAAGCUCCCUCACCCUGAUGUCUCCUCGACCGGGGACCCCGUCACAGCCAUCUCCCCCGGCAACAAAAUACAUUGUCAUGGCGACCAGUGCUGGAUCCGCUUCAACUCAGCAGGUAAUCACCCUCAGCUCUUCCCAGUCAGCCACACCAGUCACCAGCACUGUUCCCAGUGCCACUUCGACUUUACAGCCUCUGGUAAAACUGGAAGGGGGCGGUGGACCUGGACUGACAGGUUCCCGACCUGUGCAGAAGUACAUAGUUGUAUCUUUGCCCUCGUCCGCCUCUUCCUCCUUGGAGACUAAGAGCUCUGUGCUACCAACCUCAAUUUCCUCAAACCCACUCGAAAGUGCAGUGAAGCUAGACCGCUCCGAGUCUCCUGGAGCGAGCACACAGUCGCCACACUGAGACUUGGAUAGAUAGUGAGAUUUUGACCUGUCGAUGCAGCUGAACAAUCAAAGUUGUUUGUUUGGGCUGAACAUAAAGGUUGUAAAUUCUGGCAUAGUAUGAAGGGGGAUAUCUGAACUCUUGACUGAUAAAGAGCAAAUGUGACUAAACAUUGUAAAUAUGUUAAUGCCCAAUGAAAACUCAGGUCCAGCUGUGAGAUCUGUAAUGUUUCAGCUUAUAUUCUAAUUGAUCCCAUGCUCUUUUUUUACUCUAAAAUAAAUCAGAUUUUGUAUGAAAUA